CUGACUGGAGUCAGAGCACUGAUCGUCAAGCCGAUCGCGUCUUCACCAGACAAAGCCGUUUUCUCAUCAAAACCGUAAAUCUCGUUCACCUAGGGAUCUCCGCGAUGUGGUCCUCCAGACACGCUCACGCGCCCUGGCCGCGCCCGAGCGUCGGGCGCUUCUGCUACCUCGUGGUGGCGAUCGCCGCGGCCAUCGUGAUGCUGCACCACCACAACCAGAUGCAGCAGGAGAUCGACAUCAAUCGACGGUCCAGGGAUCAGAUGGAGCGGCUGUACGAGGCGAUGCGGCGGCAGGAGGGCGAGUGGAAAGCGAAGGCGGAGGACGAGCGGCUGCGACUCGCGGAGGUCAUGGACGCCUGUGGCAAGGUUCGGCAGCAGCUGGCGUCCGAGCUGACGCUCAGCCAGCAGCAGGAGCAGCAGAUACGCGCGCUGCAAGAGGAGCUGCGAGCAGCACGGGCCAAUCCCAAGGAUGACAAGGCAAAGAAGCCGCCGGAAGGGGGCAAUCCGUGACCAUCUUUGAGCGUGCACAGGUUUGAUCAGUGCACUUGCAGAACUAUCAUCAUGCCAUGCAUGCGCGGGCACGGCACACAUGGGUGCGGCAACCGGAGUCCGGGGCACGCAUAGCCUGGGCACUCACAGGGAGAAGCUGCAAGCGCGGGGAGGUGGGACUGACAAGUUUCACACAGGCGCGGAGUCCGCCACGCACCCACCUCAAAUGUUUCCAGCAUUUCUUCAGCAGCCAUGCUCUCACACACCCGGUGGCAACACUUGAGCAUCUCAACUUGCCAAGGGGUCAGCAGCACGACUAAGGGCCGUGCCAAGGGGGGGAGAGAGAGGCACGACUAAGAGCCGCGCCUCACUGAGCCAGCUACCAGCAUGUCGGUCGGGCCGUUCCUGAAGGGCUCUCAAGACAACACCAUGUCAGAGGCUACCAAAAGCCGUCAGAGGCUGUCAGAGGCUGUCAGAGGCUGUCAGACAGGCAGGCGACAUCAGGCGUUGAGGCAGUGCAGCAGAAUUGGCAGGCCAUGCGGCUUCCCGUCAUCAGCAGCUGCCUGGGUAUCGUGACGUGGUGUGGCGUGAACCUACUGAUAAGAAUUUUGGCCAGGAAAGGACUCCACUCUGUCCACUGUCAGGUUGCAACCGUGCCCUGUAGUCCUGGCAAAAAGCAGAGCUGACUCAACCCGUCGAAGCUGUCUUCGUCAAGCGCUUUGCCACUGUUGUCAACCUGUGGAAAACUCGUACCUUUAGAUAGUACCCGAUGAAUUUAAUGAGCCUCGGUGUCUUUCUUCGCCACGUUCUGUCUUCAAAAUUGCUGCAGAUGAAAGCUCCGAUUAA